AAUGGGCUAGAGCCGGCCCUGAAAUAAGGUCCUGACUGGACCUCCACCGCCCAGCUGUGGCGUCACCCGGAAGUAGUCAUGCUGGCUGGGCGGGAUGACGGAACAACAAGAUGGCCGAGAGUGAAGAGUUUCGGGAAUCAUUCCUGUAACACAGACUUCAGCCUGUUGACUGGUGAAACAGCCGUGUGGCACGACACCAAAACCAGCAUGAAUCUCCAGCAGCCAGCACCUCUCAUCCCCCCUGUCCACCCGGAUGUGCAGAUGAAGCCCCUCCCCUUCUAUGAUGUGCUGGACGUCCUAAUCAAGCCUUCAAGUCUAGGAGCAAGUCCUGCACAGAGGUACCACCAAGAAAAAUAUUUUAUCUUUGCCUUGACGCCACAGCAAGUUCGUGAAGUAUGCAUAUCCAGGGACUUUCUACCAGGUGGCAGAAGGGACUACAUGGUUCAAAUUCAACUGAGGUUUUGUUUGUCAGAGACAAGUUGCCCGCAAGAGGAUAACUAUCCAAACAGUCUUUGUAUAAAGGUCAAUGGGAAACUUUUUCCUUUGCCAGGUUAUGCACCACCACCAAAAAAUGGUGUGGAACAGAAGAGACCAGGAAGACCAUUAAACAUUACUUCCCUUGUCCGACUUUCCUCUGCAGUGCCCAACCAGAUUUCAGUGACAUGGGCGCCUGAAAUUGGAAAAACCUAUUCUAUGUCUGUGUACCUGGUGAGGCAGCUGACAUCACCACUGCUCCUGCAGAGGCUGAGGAUGAAGGGCAUCAGAAACCCAGACCACUCCAGAGCACUAAUUAAAGAGAAGCUGACAGCAGAUCCAGACAGUGAGAUUGCUACCACAAGCCUUCGAGUCUCGCUAAUGUGCCCGCUGGGUAAGAUGCGACUGACGGUGCCAUGCCGGGCGGUGACCUGCUCUCACCUGCAGUGCUUUGACGCUGCCCUCUAUCUGCAGAUGAAUGAGAAGAAACCCACCUGGAUUUGUCCUGUGUGUGACAAGAAGGCUGCAUACGAAAGUCUCAUCAUUGAUGGUUUAUUCUUGGAGAUCCUGAAUGACUGCUCGGAUGUGGAUGAAAUUAAGUUCCAGGAGGAUGGAACCUGGUGUCCCAUGAGACCAAAGAAAGAGGCCGUCAAAGUCCCCUCUCAGUCAAUUCCAAAAAUUGAGACCUCAGCUCCUUUACGCCAGUCUUCAGUGGUGCCCCAUUCUACUGAGCCUAGCACCACUAAGAAGGCUGAUGUGAUUGACCUGACUCUGGAAAGCUCCUCCUCCUCCUCUGAUGAAGAGGACACAGACCCUCCACUGAAGAAACGAUGCAUUUACAUUUCAAAGACUGAGGAUAUGCAUGCGAAGGGAGUGUUGACCUUCCAGCCCACUGUGCGCGUGCCAAACGUCCAGGCCCUGGAUCCAUCGUAUUUGACCUCUACGCUUGCUGACUAUGCAGUCCCCUUUCACCCAUCCACCCUGGCCACCAUCCCAACAGAGAUGCAGAGUCUGGAUUUAUUUUCCUUAAUUCAAGCAGAUCCUCAGCAUUACCGACCACAGAUGUUUCUGGACAACCUGACAAGCAGCAUGCAAAGUGCAGCUGCAGCCAGCACCAGCUCAGCCCUGGUCUCCUCCUCCAGCAGCCACUAUGACACCAGCCCUCAUGCUGCCAGCUCCAUCCACGAGACCCGGGUCAUCACAGGAGGAGGGGGCGCUGGAGGAGGGACUGACAGCGUCAUAUCGGAUAUUAUUUCACUAGACUGAACCACGUGUCACUGGACCUUUUCAGGCCUGUUUUUUGUGGCCUUUUUAGUGAGACUAUGUGGAUAUGCCAUGUUGAAUUUUACACAGAAGCACCCAAAUUGGUAUACAUGAACACUUUGAUGGCCUAAAUAUUUUCAUGUGAUGUUGAAAACUGUAUCCAGACAUUUUUUUUUUCUUUUUGCCCUUGGGUUUUCCAAUUUCACAUGAGUUUUGUAUCCUGUCUGCUGUGAUAAGAUGAUGUAAUGGUUUGAUGGUCAAGGAAAGGAUUGGGUCAAAGAUUUAUUCACCUGGGAAAUAUUUUCAUGUCUUGUCAUACAUACUUUCAACACAUUAGAUCAAAGCAAAGGGAUUGAUUUAGCCUUAGUUUAAUCUAAUACUUGGUAUUUGUGCCUUGGUUAAGUCUAAUAUUUACUGUUAUUUUAACCUUGGUAUAAUCCAACAUUCCCUGGUAUUUUUGCCUUGGUUCAGUCGAAUACUUCCUUGUAUUUUAUGACUGGUUUAAUCCAAUAUUUCUGGUGUUUUAACUUUGGUUAAUCCAAUUUUCUGUUGUUUUUUUUUUUAGCCGUGGUUGUGUCUAGUUUCCUGGUGUUUUAGCUCUGAUUUGGUCUGCCACUUCUUUGGAAAGUCUCUGUUUUCCUCUGUCUCUUUUCAUGCACUACUCAUUGAUCUCUGUGCCAUUGUGUGUCAGAAAUGAAGCAUACACUCGGUGGGCCGGCACUGCCCUCACAUUACAGCUGUUUCUGUGCUCAUAUAAAAACAUUGCCUGGGAAACUAUAAUUAGUAGUUUCUUUAAAUUUCAUGAUACAGUACCAUCAUGAACUGAACAGCUAGUCUUGCAGCCAUGCAUAUAUAGGUGCAACACCCUCCUCUCUGUAGACUUUUUCCUGGCACAGAGAUAAAUGUCUAUAAUACUUUUUUCCAUGUUGCUCUACUGUAGGAAAUAUUUAGAACAUUGAACUCCUCAUUUAUACCAAUUUGUUUACUUUCUAAAUACAUGUAAAUCUGAUUUCAUCUUAUCCUGGCCUGGUUCACCUGAACUGUGCCUCAUUAACACGGAGCAGUCAGAACGGAUGGAAGAAGAGCUUGAACUGUGCUCUCAGCAAGAUGUUUCAUUCAACAUCGUUGAAAGUUAAACGUAGAAAAAGACUUGUAUACUCAUAAACAUACUGUUGACUGUAAACAUGAAAGGCAAGUCAGUAAUUCUAAUGUUUUCAUUGGUUCUAACAGAUCUUAGUCAAUACUUGAGGUUUGUUACAGGGCAGCUUUCAUAUCAUACCAACCUGAAAUGUUCCUUUGUAAUUUAGUCAGAGCAAUAAUAAUUUAUCUAGUAUUAGGUGAGGUUACAGUUUGUAAAUGUAGAUCAGAUGCUCCGUAAAUGAUUCCAGCUGGUCCAUACCACUCUGCCUCCCCAUUUAAAUCUCUUUCUUUUGGGUAUGGUCAAUUUAUUGUCUUGCAUAAGUUGCAUACAUUGGUUUUGUGCUGUUAGAGAAUUACACUUAAAGGAAUAGUUCAAAAUACUGUGAAGUGAUCAAAUGGAUAUCAAGCUAAUGUUUGUCUAAGUACAGAUGUGGAGUCAAAAUGGGGUUAGCCUAGCUUAGCAUGAAUAAAAGCAGAGGACACAGCUAGCCUGGUUCCAAAAUAAGACACCUCUAAAGCUCAUUAAUGGACAUGCUGUAUCCCAUUCGUUUGUUCCUUACGCAAGGGCAGCCUAGAUGUUGAAGUGUCCUUGGGCAAGAUUCUGGACCUCAAAUGCUGCGGUCAUCAGUUGACAGGUGGCCGUUAAGGAUAGCCUCGGCCACCAGUGUGAAUAAGUGUGAACGGGUGAAUGAGCUUUGGAUAAAAGCGCUAUAUAAGCGCAGUCCAUUUACAAACAGAGAUUAAGUAAUUACAUUACACAACCACAACCCCACCGUGGGCUGCACGGUGGGGUAGUGGUUAGCACAGGUUGCCGGUUCAACUCCGGCUCUUCUGUGUGGAGUUUGUUCUCCAUGUGUCAGCGUGGGUUCUCACCGGGCAUUCCGGCUUCCUCCCACAGUCCCAAAACAUGCACUGAGGUUUAAUUGGUGACUCUCCGUAGGUGUGAAUGAGAGCUUGAUUGUCUGUCUCUAUAUGUCAGCCCUGUGGUAGUCUGGUGCCCAAUGUCAGCUGGGAUCGGCUCCAGCCCCCCGCGACCCGAGUACGGAUAAGCAGUUUAGGAUAAUGAAUGAAUGAAUGAAGUUGUUAAAGGGAGCAUUAUUUGUUGCCCCAGGCUACCUCUGUCCAGUCUUUAUGCUAAGCUAUGCAACCCAAGCCCUGACUCCAGCUCUGUGCUUUAAACAACCAGAACAUCAUUAUUAGGGGUCCAAGCCCGAUCGAUCCCAUUAACAGCGGAGCUGGGAACCCUAUUGAAAUUGCAAAGAUUAUUAUUUUUAUUAUUAUGUUUUAGGCAAGUGCGGGCCGACUUGCGUUGCUUCUGCAGGACGCGGGGUCCGACCUGCACAGGAGGCUUGGACCCCGUUGAUGUCUCCUCGCAGGUCUAGUUCAUCUUCUCAUCACAUGCUCAGAAAGAAAGUAAAUAACUGCAUUUCUUAAAAUGCUGAACUGUUCGUUUAAAUGUUCUCACAAACGUGCAUCAUCAGCUUUGACUAGCAUGAGACGGUUUGACAUAAUGUGAAUAAAAAAGUGUGUUUGCCUCUAAGUUGGUGUAAAACAUCGGAAAGGUUCAUGCUGCCAAAGAUGUGAUCUUCUGUAUUUCUCCUGAACUCUGGCCUCUGCUUUAUUUGGAUUCUGUCAUAUGUUGAUAAUGCUGUGUCGGUGUAAGAAGGAUAUGUCAACAUAUACAUUUAAGCCCACUUUCUCACGGUUGACAGCAAGCAGUUACAUAACAAGCUAUAAACAGGGCAGCUACUGUAUCACACAUAUAUUUUCUGGAUUACUUGCUGUGCAUGUGGACUCCCAGCCAUCUGGAGCUCAAUCUCAGGGACCUACAUUUACCACACUUUUUUGUGCUUGAUGUACUGAGUGAAUUCAAAUACUGACACAUAGAAACAACAUAACAAUAUUAUAACAGAUUUUGGGGGAAAAAGAUCACUUCGCUCUAGCUGUACCUAGUUGGGCGACUGGUUUGCUUUAUGUGAGCAUUUUUUAAGAUAUCUGCCUCAGACAUUUCUGUCUCCACAGAAUUUUGCUGACAAAUCAAGUUUUAAAAACUAAACUGUUUUUCCUAUGUGUUUUCUAUGUGUUUUUCUCAUAAUCAGUAUCUCCUUUUUGGAUAGUUUGACUGGAGACAGUCUAUAUUGGACCUACUAAAAAAACUGAUGCUAGAUUUAAUUUUUUCAUUGUAUUGUGGAGGCAGAAACCUCAGAGACUGAUAUGUUGAAACCUGAACAAAUAAAACCUAAAGUAUCUCCAUGCAGAGGUACCACUGAUGGCAGGUGAGAAAAUAGGUUUGAGUAAUUUUGGUGAAGCAAAAUUCAACAACAAAUGUAAUUCGUUUUUUAUCCUACCAUUACAGUGUCUAUACUCAGAAGAAAACCAUAUUAGUGGGGAGUGUUUGCAUAGAGAUCACAGCUUUGUAAAUGAUUCAUUAGACUGUUGACCCAUCUAUUUACCUGCAGGCUGAUGCUUGUCAUGUAUGUGGAUUUUUAUUUUUUGUACUAUUCAUACUUUUUAGAGUUUGAAACAUAAUCCAGAUCACUUGGACAUUUCUCAUUUGUCACCACAUAAACAGACUCAGAGAAAAGUACUCAUUGUUAUUUGGUUUGGAUUCACAAGGUUUAUUACAGGAUGGUUUAUUAAAAGUGUUUUUGUUUUCCUGUGUCUGUAAACUUGCAGCAUUUUGGAUUGUGGUACAAUGUGUGGGUGUUUUUUUAUUAUUAAAAGUUUUCUUUUUGUA